CGCCGCUUUAAACAUUCCGAGCUCGUGUUCGAGAUGAGCAGUGGCGGUGUCGCGCGCGUUUACCGGGGCGCGUUCGCGCACUCCACCCGGGACUCGGCUCUGAGCGUGCUCACCGACUUCGUGCUGGGAGUGAACGAACAAGGCAAGAUCAUCUUUUUUGAGGACGGACAGAAUGUGGAAAGUCUCUCACAGCAAUGGGGCUUUGAAACCUCCGAUAUUGAAUGGCUCGAACCUCAUGAGUUUUUCAUGCCGGGAAUGGUGGACACACAUAUUCAUGCUCCGCAGUACGCCUACUCGGGCACACACCUGGACUUGCCGCUCUUAGAUUGGCUCAAUAUAUACACUUUCCCUGUAGAGUCGCGCUAUGAGGACCUGGACUUCGCCACGGACGUUUAUACCAAAGUUGUGAAAAGAACACUAUGCAAUGGCACCACAACUGCAUGCUAUUUUGCUACAAUACACACAGAGGCCUCGCUACUGCUUGGGCAAAUUGCAGAUGACUUUGGGCAGAGGGCUCUCAUAGGGAAGGUGUGCAUGGACCGCAACAGCAUGGUGCCAAACUACAAAGAACAAACAGAGGAAUGCAAAGACGAGACUGAUCGUUUUAUCCAUGAACUGCUCAAGAAAAAGUAUGCUCUUGUAAAGCCCGUAGUAACGCCACGCUUUGCCAUCUCAUGUUCCUCCUCCCUGCUUAGCAAUCUGGGAAAGAUUGCGAAGAACAAUGACCUCCACAUUCAGAGUCACAUCAGCGAGAACAAAGAGGAGGUGCAGUUUGUGAAAGAGCUCUUUCCAGAUUGCACAUCCUACACAGAUGUCUACGUGAAGCACGGCCUUCUCACAGACAAGACAGUGAUGGCUCAUGGUUGCUACCUGACUGAUGAAGAGCUGAUGAUCUUCCAUGAAAAAGGAGCAGCAGUCUCUCACUGCCCCAACAGCAACAUCUCCUUGAUCAGUGGCUUGCUUAACGCUAGGAAUGUUCUAAACCACAAAGUCAAGUUGGGCUUGGGCACAGAUGUAGCGGGCGGCUAUUCCCCCUCCAUGCUGGAUGCUAUUCGCAGAGCUGUGGACACAUCUAAAGCCUUGUGCAUACAGGAUGCUCAGCUACAGCCACUCAGCUAUAAGGAAGCCUUCCGAUUGGCUACACUGGGAGGCAGUGAGGUUCUCUCAUUGGACGAUUGCACUGGAAACUUUGAGGUUGGAAAGGACUUUGAUGCCCUGCGUGUGAACAUAUGCGUUCCUGGAAGCCCGAUCGAUCUGUUUCCUGGAGAUGACCCCGAGGUUAUUUUGGAGAAAUUUCUAAAUCUGGGUGAUGAUCGGAACAUCGUCGAGGUCUACGUGGCCGGUAAACAAGUGGUGCCUUUUUCCUGAACCUUACUUGAACCAGACCAGAGCUCAUAUCAUUUCUCAUGUAUUUUUAUUUAUGAUCAGCUUUAGUGUUUUAUUUUAUUUGAAACUGCUCAUGAGAAAUAAAAGUGACAUUUUAAUGA